CUCAGCGAUGGAUGCAGACGUUGACCCAGAAGGAGGCCCUGUCUGAGCUGCAGGCCUGGCUUCUUUCUGCUGAGUCACAGCUGGAAGAGCAUCGCAGCAGGAUCACACAAACCUCCCCAAACACUGAUCUGAGUCAGCUCCUGAGACACUGCAAGGAGUGUCAGACAGAAAUGUCGGCCCAUCACGCCACACUGGACUUUGUGAGCCAACCGCUACAGAGCUGCAGUUCCGAUGAGGGCCAGAGGGGGCGCUAUGAACACAACCUGUUUGCAGAGGAGCAGGGUCGUCUCAACCAUCAGUGGCUCAGUCUGCAGGGAACUCUGCAAUCUCAGAUCCAGAAAGUGGAGCAGGAGCUGAGGAGCAGGUUGGAGCAUGAGGCCCGCCUGCAGCAGAUCAACAGCUGGAUCACAGAUCAGAUCCUCUGGAUGAAGUCUGCUCAGACACCCAGCAGCCAGACGGAGCUGCUCCAGAGCAUCAGCACCUGCCAGGAUCUUGAGGAGAAGAUCAGGCAGAGGUGUGAAGCUCUUCAGGAGAUGAGAGGCAAACUGGAUGGAGGAGAAAACAGCAGAUGUGAUUUAAUGUCUAAAACAGAUACAUCCAUCCAGGCCUGUGCAGCUCUCACACAACAGCAUGACUCAGUCAGACAGAGGCUGGUUGAGGCGCAGCAGCUGUGGGAUUGUGUGGAGAAGCAGCUGAAGCAGAUGAUGCUGAAAACAGUGAGAAGGUCUCAGACUCUUGAGUAUCACAGCAGCCCUCAGCUCUGCCUGCAGGCACACAGAGAUCUGCAUGGAAAGCUGCAGUUUCUUCAUGAGGAGACAGCUGCUUCAGAGGCAGAGUGGGACAGAUUAAAUCAAAGCGUCUCCUCCCUCAAAGACAUCAUCAGUCCUACUGCUGAGACUCUGCUCACACAGCAGCUGGACAGACAGAGGGACAGUUGGACAGAAUCGUCCAGAGCGUUGGACCAGCAGCUCCAGAGGGGUCAGGACGUCCUGCAGCUGUGGGAGGUGUACGCCCGGCCGGCUGCGUCUCUCUCCGCCCGGCUGCAGACGCUGCAGAGCGAUGUCAGCUCAGCACUGAGCGGAGCGCCUGGAGAACAUGACACUGUGGAGCAGCUCACUGUCAGGGUUCACAACGCUCAGAGUCUCCUGGAGAGGACAGACUCUCUGCAGUGCGACCUGGAGGGGGUGCUGAAGGUCUCCAAGGACCUCACUGGUCACCUGGACCCUUUAGCUGCCAGUCUGGUCCAAUCAGAGAGCCGCUUGUUGGCACGUGGAGUUCAGCAGCUCAGCCAGAUGGUGACGAGGAAGCUGGGUCAGCUGCAGGAGGAGCUUCAGCGGCUGCAGGAGUUUGAAAGCGUCCUGAAGUCUCUGGAGGGAAACCUGCAGCUCUGGCAGGAGCGACUGCAGGAUGCGAGUCCCACCGCAGACCAGUCUGGCCUCCUCGAGCUGAGCGGCCUGUCAGCUGAUCUGGACGUACUGAAUGAGCAGAGCUGCAGCCUGACGGUCGGAGACGCUGCAGCGCGCCGCCUGCAACGCCUCAACAAUCGCUGGACCGAAACCUCCGCCCGAGCUGAGGAGACCUGCAGUGAGCUUCAGACGGAGGCUCUGAGGCAGCAGAGCUUUGAGCAGAAGUGUGAGAGCUGGAUGUCCUUCCUGCAGAGGAUGGAGGACAGCCUGGCUGUGGACGUGGCCGGCUCCUACACCGGCCUCAGACAGCAGCUCCGUACACACAAGCGUUUUCAGACAGAGCUGUUUUCUGGACACCAGAUCCUGCAUUCCGUCAUCACUGAAGCGCUUCAUCUGCUGCAGAGAGGAGAGGUGGAGGACAGGAGUGACUUCAUCCUGAAGCUCACCCGCCUCCGGGAGCACUGGCAGGGGGCGGUGCAGCGGGCGGACCAGCGGCGCUGCCUGGUGGAGGGGCUGCUGAGGAACUGGCACCUGUACAGCCGCAGCCUGAAGAAGCUGCAGGGGUUCCUGACGGAGACGCAGACCCUCCUCCCCCCCGCCGGCCCGGCACACUGCAGCCUGCAGCAGCUGAGACGCUCCCUCCAGGACCUGCAGCACACGGAGCUGUUGUUCCAGAGGUAUCAGUGCAGCUUCAUCCACACUCUGGAAGUGGGCCGGCAGCUCUUCUCCAUGGGGGACGAGGAGACCCAGACUCAGCUGCAGACGGACCUGGGAAACCUGCAGGAGGAUUGGGAGAAGCUCCACAGCCUGCUGGGCCGGAGGAUGGACCUCACCGACGCUAUCGUGCAGAACUGGGAGCGCUGCGAGGCCGGACUGGGAGACAGCACGCUGCAGUUGAAGGACUUGAAGACCAGACUUAACGAGUCGAUGCCAGAUUUUGCAGAGGAGCUGCAGAUUGCCGAGAAAUACAUCAAGGAGAACGAGGACUGCCUGGAGGACUGGGCUGAGAGCCUGACAGAGCUGAGCACCAUGAAGACGGAUCUGUCCCAGUACAUCAUCGCCGACGACGUCCUGCUGCUGCAGGAGCAGGUGGAGCACCUGCACUGUCAGUGGGAGGAACUCUGCCUCAAGGUUUCAAAGCGUAAACAGGAGAUCGAAGACCGCCUGAAUGCUUGGAUCAUCUUCAAAGAGAAGAACAAGGAGCUGUGUGAGUGGCUGGCGCAGAUGGAGAACAAGGUGGCGCACAACUCCGACCUCAACAUCGAGGAGAUGGUGGAGAAACUCAAGAAGGACUGCAUGGAAGAGAUCAACCUGUUCAGUGACAAUAAGACUCAUUUGAAGCAGCUCGGAGAACAACUCAUUACAGCCAGCAACAAGACGAAAGAGACAGAAGUCAACGACAAGCUGAAGGACAUCAACGACCGCUGGCAGCAUCUGUUCGACAACAUAGAGGCCAGAGUGGGAAAGCUGAAGGAGACGCUGGUGACGGUGCAGCAGCUGGAUAAGAACAUGAGCAAUCUGCGGACAUGGCUGUCUCGCAUGGAGGCGGAGCUCGCCAAACCCGUGGUGUACGACGUGUGCCACAGCGAAGAGAUCCAGAGGAAACUGGCUGAGCAGCAGGAGCUGCAGUGGGACAUCGAGCAGCACACAGAGAGCGUGGCGUCGGUGCUGACGCUCUGUGACGUCCUGCUGCACGACGCAGACGCCUGCAGCAGCGACGCAGAGAACGACUCCAUCCAGCAGACCACGCGCAGCCUGGACCGGCGCUGGAGGAACAUCUGCGCCACGUCCAUGGAGAGGAGGAUGAGGAUCGAGGAGACCUGGCGUCUCUGGUGUAAGUUCCUGGACGACUUCUGUCGCUUUGAGGACUGGCUGAAGAGCGCUGAGAUCACUGCGGCCAGCCCGGACUCUGCCAACGUGCUCUACACCGGCGCCAAGGAGGAGCUCAAGAAGUUCGAGGCGUUCCAGCGGCAGGUCCACGAGCGUCUGACUCAGCUGGAGCUGGUCAACAAACAGUACCGCCGUCUGGCCCGGGAGAACCGCACCGACGCCGCCAGCAAACUCAAGCUCCUCGUCCAGGAGGGGAACCAGAGGUGGGACAGCCUGCAGAAGAGGGUGGUUUCCGUUCUCCGCAGACUCAAGCACUUCACCUCUCAGAGAGAGGACUUUGAGGGGACUCGGGAGGGGAUCCUGGUCUGGCUCACAGAGAUGGACCUGCAGCUCACCAACGUGGAGCAUUUCUCCGAGAGCGACGUCGAGGACAAGAUGAGGCAACUCAACGGUUUCCAGCAGGAAAUCACUCUGAACACCAACAAGAUCGACGCUCUGAUUGUGUUCGGGGAGAACCUGAUCCAGAAGAGCGCCCCUCUGGACGCCGUGCUGAUGGAGGACGAGCUGGAGGAGCUGCACUCGUACUGCCAGGAGGUGUUCGGCAGGGUGUCCCGCUUCCACCACCGCCUGGUGCACCGCCGCCCGUUCCUUGAGGAGGAGGAGGAGGAGGAAGAGAGGGAUCUAUCAGACCUGGACGACUCCCCCGAUCUGACCGGUGGGACGUCCUGGGAGGAGUCGAGGAAGAAGGAGGAGGAAGAGGAGGAGGAUGUUCCAGCAGGAGGGGCAGCGCGACGGCAGGUCAUGUGUCAGCUCCUCGCCCCCCCCCUGGAGCGGUCGGGCAGAGAGACGCCCGUCAGCGUGGACUCCAUCCCGCUGGAGUGGGACCACACUGUGGACGUGGGAGGGUCUUCAUCACAUGAGGAUGAUGAGGAGGACACCACAUACUUCAGCACCCUGUCAGAUGUGCAGGUCACAAAGAGCUCAGAGUCUUUGGUUAAAGCGACUGUCAGAGCAGUGAACGCUGCCUCGGGGAAGUCAGUGAGCGACCCCCCCAGCUGGCACCAGCCCGUCUCACCUGAAAGGAAACGAGUUCCCAGAGAAAUGAUCCGAGGCCUGAGCGCGUCUCCUUCACACACCUCCAGCACUCCCUUCCACCAGCAGGGCUACGCUAAGCUGAUGUCGGAGUGCAGCGGCAGCAUCAACACGGUGAAGAGAGUGAAGCUGAUCCUGAACGAUGAAGAGGAGCCGGUGGAUCAGGGUCUGACGGUCAGCACGGCCGACAAGCAGACCAGCACAGGUGUGAUCGAGCGCUGGGAGCUGCUUCAGGUACAGAAGCUCAACAACGAGACGGACAUCAAGCAGGACCUGGAGCAGUGGCAGAAGCUGAACACUGACCUCUGUGAUGUCACUUCCUGGUUGGGCCGGGUGCUGCCAGAGCUAGAGAGGCUGCAGAGGAUCGCACCGGCCACCAGCGUCCGAGACAUUGAAGUGAACAUCCGGAAACUAAAGGAGAUGCAGAAGUCCUUCAACAGCUACAAGUGUCUGAUGAUCUCCACCAACCUGAGCAGCCGUCACUUCCUGUGUGGCGACAGCGCCGAGCUGCAGGAGCUGCAGGAAGCCAUGAGCUCUGCCAACAGCAGCUGGCCUCAGGCCUGCAGCGGGCUGGAGAGCUGGGAGAGGAGGCUGCACGCUGCUCUCAUGCAGUGUCAGGAGUUCCAUGAGACGCUGCACUCCCUGCUGCUGUGGCUCGCUCAGGCGGAGAACAAACUGAACGCUGUGAAUGUCAGCGACGCCUCGGCGCCACGCUCCGUCCUGCUGGAGCACCGGGACACCCUGACGGCUCUGCAGGAGGAGCUGUGCGGCCGCCAGCGGCAGGUCUCCUCCCUGCAGGAGAUCUCCUCUCAGCUGCUGCUGGAGGACAGCAGAGAGGACAGCAGAGAGGACAGCGUGGAGGCCAAGGAGAAGGUCCACGUCAUCGGGAACAAGCUGCAGCUGCUGCUCCGACAGGUGGCCGCUCACCUGAGCACGCUGCAGGGCACACUGGAAACCUGCUCCUCCGGCACAGGGACGGACAGCAUUGGUCUGGGAACGCUGCAGAAGGAGGAGGCUGCAGGUCUACAUGCAGCUAUCGGACCCCCAGCAACUAAAAGCUCCAGGGAGCGGCGGGACUCCCCCCCCCAGCGGCCCUUCCUCCACCGGGUCCUGCGCGCGGCCUUCCCGCUCCACCUGCUCCUCCUGCUGCUGCUGGUCCUGACCUGCCUGGUGCCCGUCUCCGAGGACAACUACAGCUGCACGCUGACCAACAACUUCGCCCGCUCCUUCUACCCCAUGCUGCACUACACCAACGGCCCCCCGCCCACAUGAGCACUGCCACCACGCCCAAAACCUCCCCUAAGAAGACUGAAGGACUCAAUGUGACGUGGAGACAGAAGUGUGUUCAUAGUGUGAAGGUGCAAUUUAAAGACAUUCUACCUGUCACACAAAAAAAAGCACCGCCCUUUUUUAAAUCUAAAUCCGAUUGGUGUAUUUAAAUAUCUAUUUAUUGUUCGUGGUGUUCCACAUUUAUAAAAAAAGAAGCCAUAUCCUGGUUCGUUUUUAACGUUCUGCCAUUUUUAUAUGUAGAUUUAACGUCCCCACUUACCAUAUUCAACACACGAAGAUAAGUAAGGUCUCUAGAUUUAUUUUAAUAUCUACGCUAUAUUUUCUGAUUUUGUACUUGCAUUGUAAGCCAUGGGAUCUAUAUUGAGGGGUAAAGGUCAGUGAUUACCAAAGCGUACAGAAAGCGAGAAUUACACUAAGCAUUUUCUACCACUGCAGCUAUUUUUACAGUUUUUCAUAGAAGAAGGUUGUUGAUGGCGCAUUUUGUACAGAAGAGAAGAAGAUUGAUUAAGAGAUAUUUAAAAAGAUCUGUAAGAUAUUUUUUCUAAAUAAUGCUGGCAGUGACUCCUGCAUACAUGCCUUUCUGUAGCCAACAGAGCCCCCACAGCUGGAACAUAUCGUACUUUUAAUGGUGUUUGAGGACUACUGUGUAUAAGCAAACUACUGAGAAAGAAAACGCAAAAUUAUUGUUUCUGCAUAUUUGAGUUUGAGUGUCUUCCUGUAUUCUAUUUCAAUAAUUUAGCAUGGGACUGUAGUCUAAGCGCUGGUGUAAUAAAACGACAGAUAUGUUCUUAUGUUAACAACUUCAUGGCCAGUGUUCGGGAGGUCAUUUCUGUAUAUUUCAGCAUGUAUACAAAAAGUCGUCGAAUUAAAGCGGCAUUAGGUGAUUUGGUACCUCUAGGGGGCAGAAAGAGCCCAAAAUCACCGCUCAUAUAAUAACGGAUAAUAAGGGGCUUUUAACAAAUAUAGUAACAUUUUUUUUUUUUUUUAAACGGUUCAAAUUCCAGUAGAUUUAGUUAUUGUGUCUAUGUGCAGCAUUACAACCAGACCUGCUAGCUAACAGAUGCUACUUUGUACGAUCAUUUCCACAUUCAAUUGCAGUAAUUGCAUUCAAUGAAAUAUUGCUUGAUGAAGUUUCAAAGCGUGUUUUUUAUAUUUUGUUAAUAUUGAUGCAACAAUAUUAGCUCCAGCUGUCACAUCACUGCCAUUUAGCUGAAGAUCAAAGAACACAAAGCCCCCCCCCCCAUGUUAUGUUCAAAUACCUAAAUCACUUUAUUCUAAAUUAUUUUAUGUUGUUCAAAACGUACCCAACGCUGUCCAAGUUGGACCCGUAGAGUAAAGUCCUGCAGAUGUCAAAAAUCCAACAGGUUGAAACAAAGAUUGUUUAAAAAUAUAUAUAAUUUGUUAUUAAUAUUGUGGCGAUUUACCUGCUUUACACCACUCGUCAUCAUGAAGUGAGAGGACUGGUUUCAAAUCUAUUGAUCCAGACUCUGAGUCGAACAUGAAUGCUUUGAGCAUUGGAUGUAGCUGUGUACGUCACAAUCAAAGACCAUUACAUGUACGAUGUUAAUAUUAUUGAUCCUAAAUGUUUGAAACUCAAGUGUUUGGUCCUUAUUUGUAUAUAAUGUCACACUCAGCAGAACAGAAACAAACAACAAAACGUGUGUAAAGUUUGAUUUAUUUUGUGAACUCUUAUUUAUGGGAUGUGAUUUGAUUGACAAUAAACUGUGUUUGCCAUGAUUCGCAGCUGCUUAUUUAUUGUAUUGUAGGUUUGCUACAGGCAGGAAGCAAGAUCUCAGAUUUGCAUAUGUGUGUGUUGUGAACAAGUGGAAAUAGUUUCAGCAUCAGAGAUGGAUGAGUGUGUGUUGUGUGCAUGCAUGUACGGGUUACAGACAUCGGGAAAACACAGAUAUUGAACAUGUUUCUGUAUAAUAGCAGUGGUAGGAAUAUUUGGCACUCAGGCUUCAUUUACAUUGGCAGAAAAAUGGCACUGUUCAUGACAUGUCCAAAUGAGUCAUUUUGUGUUUCUUCAGUUUGUCUGGCCCGAUUGAAACAAAUCUAGUUUGAAGACUUAAAGCCAACCGUUCCUUGUUUCUAGUAAAGCCAAAAACAAUUAAACUAACCAGUCCUGGACCGAUGCUCCUAAGACUUUUCAUCAUGUGGUAUCCUGUCUAAAUUACAGCAAUGAACGCUGAUUAUUCCAUCCUGUUCCUGUAAAUAAGACCACCAAGGCACAUUCAUUUCCCUUUGUUUAGGCAGAAGUUCUUUAUCACAGUUGUAGCUGCAGCAGAAUUGACUGGAAGUACGCUAUACUCUAAUUGCUUUAAAUUGAAUAUAUCUGUAAAAGUUUGCACAUAGCCCGGCUUGCUAUAAAUAGUAUCCGUUUCUUUCCUGUUUAACUUCUCAUUGAGUAAACUGACCGGUGGUUACGUGACACAUUGUAGGAAUAUUUCAUAUUAUUUUCAAAGCAUGACAAUACAGAACAUUUUAUACACUACACUUAAAAUGUACACAAAAACAAUGCAUCAGAGAUCAGCUUUAGUUUAACAAUGAUGCAUACUUAAUAAGCUUUUUAUCAGAACAAUUCAAUGUUUUCUGCACCUAGGCUAUUGUUAUAUGAUCACUUUGGUUUGUUUUUUGAAGAAGGCUCUGUGAAUAUAGCAGCUUAUGUUCAAGAGUAAUCCAAACUUUAAAAUCUGACAGGUACUUUAAAGGUGUCAUGAACUUUAGGGCUAAACAUAAUGGGUAAAUACAUUUUAGUUUUGUGUAACUGCAUCACUCUUCAUAGUUGAAUGCACUUAUUGUGAGUCGCUUUGGAUUAAAGCGUCAACUCUUUAUGUGUUAACUACGAACAGUGCCACACAUUGUAUUGUAAAUCCAGCCUUUGAAGAAGAAAAGUUUUUGUUAACAGUCGUUUUGUUAAAAGGCCACAAACUGCUGAAUCUUUACUCAUCUAAAACGUGUAGUGUGUACAAAGAGAGUAGAAAACAGGCACCGAUUAAAACACCAAAGAACUGUAAGUAGUGAAAGAGAAAAACACCACAGCCAUUUUUUUUUUUUAAAGCUAUGAUUAUAACAACCCUUAUGGAGAUGAAUAUUGACCACAUGCAUUCCUCUGUAAGUCACUGCAGAUUGUGGAUGGCUUGUUCUGGAUGAUACACCAAGGUGACAAAAGAGAUACAAAUACUGCAUAUCAAAAAAGAGCUCAAACUGACUGGCAGAGGUCCAGCGAUGUUCUCAUGAACAUCUACUGUAGUGCACAUUCACAAGAAAUAUUUACGCACACAAAAUAUACAUUCGAUCGAAAGCUUCUCUUUUUCCAAAGACUAAUAACAUCUCAAAAAAACGUUACCUCACAACAGCACUUUCUGUUAGUUGCUAAUCCUUUUUUGUUUUCCCUUUUCUCGAUCUUUGGGAGGUGAAAAGCCAUUAAAAGGUUUGGUCUCAGUUAGUGUCUUUCCGUCCCGUUACCCCUGUAAGGCAGUUUCCAUGACAACUCGAUCAGGGAUGAUGUAAUCUGUUGGUUCGAUUGUCGGACCGCCGUCUCCUUCAUCCAGCGACCACAGCUCCGGAUGGAUG